UGUGAAAUUUUAAUUUAUUUAUUUUGUAACCAUAUAUAUAUCAUUGUUAAAAAGUGUGUAUGUGGUUUUUUUAUUUUUUUUGUUUAUAUAAACAGUUUUUAAAACUAUUGUUUUGAUUUUUGUUUAAUUGGAUUUGCAUUUUUUUUCUUUCCAAAUAGGAGUGAUGACGGAUUACGAACGAAUAAAACGCACCUGUGUGAAAAGAGGGGAACUGUGGGAAGAUCCCGAGUUCCCCGCAACUCAAGCCUCGGUUUUCUAUCAUCAAACACCACCAUUCCAAUUUGUAUGGAAACGACCAAAAGAAUUGUGUAACAGACCAAUUUUUGUACAAGAUGUUCCUUCACAAUUCGAUAUUUCAUCUGGGAAAAUGGGUGAUAAAUGGCUAAUAUCGUGUUUGGGUGUAUUAUAUUUAACAAAAGGAUUAUUUUAUCGUGUUGUGCCUGCUGAUCAAGGAUUUAGUGGUGAACAAUAUUGUGGUGUAUUUCGAUUUCGAUUAUGGUGGUGUGGUGAAUGGGUUGAAGUAUUGGUUGAUGAUCGUUUACCAACAGUCAAUGGACGAUUAGCAUUUUUACAAUCACAACAUUCUGACCAAUUUUGGCCAGGUUUAUUAGAAAAGGCAUAUGCAAAAUUGCAUGGUUCGUACGAAGCUUUGAAAUAUGGCACAUUACUAGAUGGACUAGCGGAUUUAACUGGUGGUAUUACCGAAAGUAUUAGUAUACGACAAGAUCCUACAACAUGCGGGCGAAUGUUAGGCAAACUUUUAGAAAUGACGUCAAUUAUUACAUGUACAGUUCAACCCCCAACACAACAGAUUCGUAAUCAAAAUGAAAAACUAGCAAAUGGUAUUCAAAUUGGAAUCAAUUACCGACUUUACGCCGUUGAACGUGUAGAAACAUUUGGUGGCGAACCAGUACAAUUAGUACGACUGCGUAAUCCCUUAGCACCGGCUGGAGGUAGUGAUUAUGUAGGAGCAUGGUCUCCAGAUGCCUCAGAAUGGGAAGAAGUACCAUCAGUAGAACGUGAUCGAUUAUCACGUGGUAUGACUGAUGGAGAAUUUUGGAUAUCAUAUUCUGAUUUUGUAAAAACAUUUACCCAUUUAGAAGUUGUACAUUUAGAUAGUGAUACAAGUCGAGAUGAACCAUCAUUACAUAGUAAAUCAACGUGGCAAAUGAGAUUAUAUCAGGGAAUGUGGCAAAAAGGUGUAUCUGCAGGAGGAUGUCGAAAUAAUCCCGAAACAUUUCACAUAAAUCCACAACUACAUUUAAUAUUAAGUGAAAUGGAAGAAGUAAUUGUAUCAUUAAAUCAACAUAGUGUAAUGGAACCAAAAGUAAUAGGUUUUACAAUAUAUUCAUUACCAAAAAACAGUUCAGAAACAAUUGGACGAGCAUUUUUCAAAAAGAAUAAGUCAUUAAUCAAUUCAUCAUAUACAAAUACACGACAAGUGAGCCAUCGUUGUCAAUUAGAGCAAGGCGGUUUUUUAAUAUUACCAACAACAUUUGAACCACGACAAGAAUCUAGUUUUACAUUACGUGUAUUUAGUAGUAAACAAUUAAAAUUAAAAUUAUUAGAUACGAUACCAUCACAAUUAAAAUCAGCAAUUAUAAAAGCACCACCAUUAUUAGAUGUGAAAAGUUUUAGUCAAUAUGAAGCUGUUUUCUUACAAUUAGCGGAUGAACAUCGUACAGUGAAUGCAUUUGAAUUACAAGAGUUACUAGACGCAUGUUUACCAAAUGAUUAUAUUAAAAGUUGUGCCUGCAUGGAAGUUUGUCGACAAAUUGUUUUUACCUUAGAUAGCUCUGGUAGUGGCCGACUGAAAUUUUCUGAUUUCAAAGAUUUAAUGUGUAGUUUAAAAUAUUGGCAAACAGCAUUUAAAAAUCACACAAAAGAAAAAAGUGGUAUAUUAAAAGCUGAACGAUUACGGGACGCAAUACUUGAAGUUGGUUUCCAAUUAAGCUCAGAUGUUCUGUCAUUAUUAAUAUUACGUUACAUGAGAAAAGAUGGUACACUACGUUUUGGUGAUUUCGUAUCUUCAAUUUUACAUCUUAGUGUUGCAUUUAGUAUUUUUGAAAGUAAAGAUCCUCUACAAAAUGGUGUUAUAAAAAUGAGUCUAGCUGAGUGGUUAAAAUCAUCAUUAACCUGUUGACAAUUGUAAUGAAGCUAAGAAAAUG